UUUUAUAUUGUCUCAUGCUUUUUUUAUAUAUUGUCUCGUGCUUUUAUAAUUUCAUACGAUGCCUCAUAAAUGUGCUGUAGCCACAUGUCGUGGUAAUUAUAAAAACGGACCAAAAGUGGCUGUAUUCAAGUUUCCAAAUGAGACUGAACUCCGGAUGAAAUGGAUAAGGAGUCUACGAAGAAAAGAUGGCUUUCAACCUACUAAACAUACCAGAGUAUGUGAAUUACAUUUUCGAUCAGAUGAAAUAAUACGAGAAAUCGAAAUGUAUGAUGAGAAAUCAGCGAAGUUAAUUAAAGCCCCAAUUUCUAGGCCACGUUUGAAAAAAGGAUGCAUACCUUCUCAGUUCCCUGAUGGCCCAUCCUACAUGUCAUCAAAUUCUGUAUCGAGAAUGUCACCAGAAAAGAAGAAAGCUCGUUUAGAAGAGAAAUACCUGGAGAAAGCGAUAGAAGAAAGUUUGAAAAUGAAAGAACGGUACGGUAUGAUAAUGAACGAUCAUUUGAAAGUUUAAUUGAAUUCAAUAAUUGCCUAGAACAUCAGAUUUUAGAAACAUUUUGGACAACUGUACAUACUGAAAAUUCAACUAUGUUACUUGAUAUUUUAAGUGACCCAGCUCCAGAA